AUGGCGGACCACGAGACCAAAACACCAGCUGCGGUCAAGUCUACGAGCCACCAGAAAACGACUCAUGAAGCUGAGGAGCAUGAAAACCGUGAAGAGCAAUACGCAGACGUAUGGCGUGCCCCACGCGGUGGUGCGGAGGAAGAUCUUGGGGGCUUGUCCUUUGAGCGCCAGACCAAACAAUACACGGGUACCGGCGAGCAGACUCUGGUUGGACGCAGACCAAGCGGAGGUGAUGACGACGGCGUUGACCACGCUGGGGAUUGCCGGGAUGCCAGCGGCCGAGGCGGCGAUGACGAAGGGGCUCUGAGCGGCAGUGCCGGACUCAUCAUUCAGGCGAGGGUCGUUGCUCGCGACCAACAUACCGACGAUGAGGACGGCAAGCAUGUAGAACAGCACGAUACGCGCAAAGACGCGCUUGCAAGCGCGGGGAAUGGCGCGGCGGGGGUUCUGCGUCUCGGCAGCAGCCAUGGCAAGGGACUCAACGCCAGCAAAGGAGAAGACGGCGCUCGUCAUGACGCCCCAGUACCCCAGAAACUUGCCCCAGUCGCCAGUGGCGAUGUGCUCGACGAACGGACCCGGGUUCCAGCCGAUGGCGAAGCCCCAGGCGGGGUCGACGAGGAAUUCGGCAUGACGGACGAAGGAUCCUGUGACGGGCAGCAGAGCCGAGACCUCUCCGAGCGCAAACUGCACGGAGCAGACGAUGAGGCCGACGGUGGCGUAGCCGAGCAGCGCACCAAGGGGACCGCCGGUCUGGAUGGCGCCGCCGAGGCCGAGGAACAGACCGGUGCCAAUGGCGCCGGCGAUACCCAGCAUGGAAAGAUGGCGCUGCUCCAGACCGCGCUUCAGGUCGCGGUCCUCGGUGGUGGUGACGAAAUCGCCGUCGUGAUCGUCGUGAGGCUCAAACGGGCCGCCCCGAGGGGUCUCAGGGGCCUCGGCGGCCUCGACGUCCUCGGACGUGAUCCAAGCGUGGCGGGUGACAUUGGCGAUGCCCGGCGACUUGGCGCCGGGGAACGGGAUGGUAUCGGUGCUCAUCGCUCUCGUUACGUUCCUCUCUCCUCUCUUUUUUUUUUCUUGGCUGCGUCCUUCACCGCGGUCGGGCUGGCGGUGGGAGGUGAGAGCAAAAGCUGA